UGUGUGUGUGCGUGUGUGUGUGUUCGGUGGUGUCUAUGGCAACCGACGUAUUUGUCAGCGUGUAUUCUCCGUUUCUUGCUCAGAUAAAGGUGCGCAGAUAAUAACAGCAGCAGGGAGGGGCAGAGGAAAGAGGAGUGGCGUAAUCACUCCGUAACUUUAACAGGUGUGUGUGUGUGCAAGAGAGACAGACAGACACGGGGAAAAUACAAAUGAGGAGCGCAGGAUGAGUCGGGCGAUACUCUUCUCUCCAUCGGAAGAGGAGAGGGACGGGAUGGAGGAAUGCACUGGGAGACGGGAACAUGCCGGAGAGAGGUUUGUCUGCAUCUCCGUGGAGGAGAUGGAGAGCUACUACAGAUACACCCAGGGCUGUCAACAGCUGCAUCAUGACAUCCUGCACAGGGAGGAUGGUCCUCUGUGUGCAGCAGAAAUCGGCUCCGAACUCCAAAAACAAUUUGCCAUCCUGCCAGGGGGCCGCGGGAUGGACGGCAACCCCAUCAUCGUCUUCCCAGAGUUCCCGGAUUUCAACGAGCUGGAGGAGGACGAGGUCCAACAUGUCCUCGGCUACCUCAGCAGCAUCCCCAGCGUUGCAGCAUCAGCAGUGGGUUUCAUCCUGGUCAUCGACAGACGACUGGACCGAUGGGCCGCCGUCAGGGCUACCCUGCUCCGCAUCGCUGGUUCAUUUCCAGGGAACUUACAUUUGGUUCUGGUGUUGCGUCCCACUACUUUUCUCCAGCGGACUCUGUCAGACUUCCUGUUCAAGUACAACAAGGAUGAGUUCAAGAUGAAGGUGGUGAUGCUGAGUUCGGUGACUGAGCUCCAUGCCUAUAUCGACCCGGGACAACUGACCACAGAGCUGGGAGGAACGCAGGAAUACCGCCAUGACAGCUGGAUCUCACACCGCACUGCAAUUGAGGCGUUCGCCCUCAUGGUGAAGACCACGGCUCAGACCCUGCAGGCGUUUGGCACUGAGCUUGCGGAGACGGAAUUACCCAACGAUGCCGAGGCCACCACCAACCUGCUGCACACGCACACUCUGAAGAAGGACAAGAUGAAGGAGGACCUGCAGGUGGCUCUGUCUCAGGGGGGCCGCCUGUUGGAGUGUAUCAACGAGCCCCUACAGACAGACCCUGAAUACAGCAGGACCAACGACGAGCUGGAAAACUUAGAUACCGUACAGAGACUCCUGGGUCAGCUGGACGAAACGGAGAUGGCGUUUGAUGAUUUCUGGGAGCGUCACCGCACCAAGCUGGAGCAGUGUCUGCAGCUGCGCCAUUUUGAAGAGCACUUCCGUGAAGUGCGCGCCCAGCUCGACGUGACAUCAGAGCGGCUGUCGGGUUUCUCUGAGGUCAGCGUAAGCCCCGCCCACGCUGAGCACGUCCUCCGAGAGCUCAGUGGACACGAGGACAAAGCCUGUGAGGCGCUGGACCGUGCCCUGUCCCUGGCCUGUGAAGGUGACAGGCUGAUAGACAAUUCCCACUACGCAGAGGACUCCAUCAGGCCCAAGUGCAGCGAGCUGAGAGGAGUGUGCGAGGAGAUCAGCUCCACCCUGAGGAGCAAGAAGAGCCUCCUGCUCAGGGCGAUGGAGCUCCACCACGCUCUGGAGAAGGCAUCGCGGUGGUGUGAGAAGGGCAUCUUCCUGUUGGCCAGUCAGCCAGUGGACCGCUGUCAGUCUCAGGAUGGAGCUGAAGCGGCUCUGCAGGAACUGGAGCGAUACCUGGACACGGCGACGCUGCACACCGUCGCCGACCGCGGCGCCAUAUGCUGCCAGUAUGAGGCGGUGCUCACAGCUCAGCUCAGGGACCAGGUGGAGGGAGUUUUCCUGAAGCAAAGCUCCGUUCAGGAGAUGUUUGAGAAGAGACGCGUGAGCCUGAAGAAACUCGCCGCCAAACAGACCAGACCAAUCCAGCCAGUGGCACCGAGACCUGAAGUGAAGUCUCCACUCUCCUCUCCCAAUCAACAGAGAAAAGAGAGAAGAUAUUCUGCAGAUAAUGCCAUCUACAAAAGGGUGGAGUCUCCCAUACAUAACGGGGCCAUCAGACAAGCUUCUCUCUCAGAAGAGGAAGAAAACCUGGCAGUGCUUCGGCGUCACGUGAUGAAUGAGCUGCUGGAGACGGAGAGAGCCUAUGUGGAGGAGCUACUGUGUGUGCUGGAGGGCUAUGCGGCCGAGAUGGACAACCCAGCCAUGGCCCCCCUCAUCCCCAGCACCCUGCUGAACAAGAAGGUCGUCCUGUUUGGCAACAUGUCUGAAAUACAUCAGUUUCAUAAGAGGACGUUUCUUAAAGAGCUGGAGGCGUACACUGACUGCCCCGAACUAGUGGGCCGCUGUUUUUUAGAGAGGAUGAAGGACCUGCAGAUCUACGAGGCGUACUGCCAGAAUAAACCUCGCUCUGAGAGCUUGUGGAGACAGUGCUCCGACUGUGCCUUCUUCCAGGAGUGCCAGAAGAAGCUGGAACAUAAACUUGGUUUGGACUCCUACCUCCUUAAACCUGUCCAGAGAAUCACCAAGUACCAGCUACUGCUGAAGGAGUUGUUGAAGUACAGCAAGGGGUGCGACGGCUGCGAUGACCUACAGGAAGCGCUCUCCUCCAUCCUGGGGAUCUUGAAGGCUGUUAACGACUCCAUGCACCUCAUCGCCAUCACGGGAUACGAGGGCAACCUGUCGGAUCUGGGUCGCUUGCUGAUGCAGGGUUCCUUCAGCGUGUGGACGGAGCAUAAAAAAGGUCACGCCAAGGUCAAAGACCUGGCCCGCUUCAAGCCCAUGCAGAGGCACUUGUUCCUGCACGAGAAGGCGCUGCUCUUCUGCAAGAGGAGGGAGGAGAACGGGGAGGGCUACGAGAAAGCUCCGUCUUACAGCUUCAAGCACUCCCUCAGUAUGACUGCGGUGGGCAUUACAGAGAGCGCGAAAGGCGACAACAAGAAGUUUGAGGUUUGGUGUAACUCCAGAGACGAAGUCUUUAUAGCCCAGGCUCCAACACCAGAGAUUAAAACGUCGUGGGUGAACGAGAUCCGCAAAGUUCUGACCCAACAGCUCAGAGCCUGCAGAGUUCCUGUUUUAGAUGCCAGUCAGCAGAAGGGCUCAGACUCCGUUUUCCCGAGUCCCACCAGCAACAGCAGCUCCAUCUCCCUCAGUCCCUUUCGUAGCAGUGUUCAUAAAAAUCCGAAGAAGCAAGAGGAGAGGAAGGCGGAGACGAGCUCGGUGUCCGACUCUUCUUCGUCCCCGAAACACAAAGAGCCGGCUCCCCAUGUCACUCUGAGCAGAGUCAGAUGGAUGAGUACCUCUAGUCUGUUACAGAACAAGCGGCGAGGCUGGAACAAGGCUUCUCUCUCGGUGGAUGCCUCAGAGGAGAACGAUGGUUACUCCAGCGGCGAGGACCCCAUGAACUCUGACCCCGAGGACGAAGUAGCAAGGAAGCUGGCUCCAGGAAAGUACACGGUGGUAGCGGACUGCGAGAAGGCGGGACCUCAGGAGCUGUCUGUCAAGAGCGGAGACAUGGUGGAGCUAAUCAAAGAAGGAGAGGAGGGACAGUGGUUUGUGAAGAACCGCAGCAGCAGUAAGGAGGGCUGGGUGGCAGCAGCAAACCUCCUCAGCCUCAUCUCAGAGUCCAAGUCAUCCCAGUCGCUCAGCAGCUCAGACGGCAGCGUCUCGGGGAACCUCAGCACUUCUUCCAGCUGCAGCGAGACCUACACCAGCUUCUCCGACAUCAAACCCUGACCCGCGAUCGGCGUCCCGACCAGGUUCAUGUUCCGUGUGGAAUAUCGCAAGAAACAUGCAGCUUACCGGAGGACAGAUCGACGUGUUACCAUCCAUGUCACAGUCCAACGAAAACAAUCCAAACAAUCAUUGCACCUGCGAUUGCUACCAGAGUUUUAUCUGACGGCCUACUACACCCCCCUCCCUCUCCCCCCUUUUCUGAUUAUUUAUAACCACCUGUCAGUCUAAUGUCCACCCAGCAGUAUUAACCUUCACUUUUAGAUUAUUUUUACCUUCAAAGUGACCAACAUGUUGGCCUUCUUUUAAACAUCACAGUAUCUGUGACGUACAGAGGAAAGCUGAAUGUCCUCCGCCUGACGUUGGAUCCUUCUUAUUAUGUAGCAUUGAAGUGGACACAUUUGAAGAACAUCUGUGGCCGAACCCCUUCAAGUCGACGACAUCGCGGCACAGCGACAGAUUCUUGUGUGAGACGUCCACAGGUACAGAUGUGACCAGACCGGUAUUUCACAUGGCGCUUCAGUGUCGGACAUUAAUCGUACACUGUGAAAAGUGGCAGCUGGCUGCAACAAGAGAAGAAGAAGAAGAAGAAAAUAAAGGCUUCGGGUGCAUCUUGGAGCAUCUCUGAGCAGGUCCAAUCUUCAAGGCGAGUCCUGUCCCCCUUUUUGUACGGGGGACACUCGCAGGGUGAGGGUGUGUUCGAUGCCCGUCGUGUCUGGCGUGUGCCGGUGGUUGUAUUCUUAAGAUAAGAGCUUCCCAGCUGUUUUCAUCUUCUAUUAUACAAAUGCAUCACUAGGUGAAUGUCCCCCACAGCCCCACCUGGUGGUCAGAUGCCAUGCACUUCUCAAACCUCACAUACAAAUCACUCACACAGCGAGCGGCAGCUUGGAACAACUUUUGGACGUCCUUAUUAUUCUUUUUUUUUUUGUGUCAAGAGUGAUUGUAUAACCCGCCUCUGGAUUUACCUCUCAGGAAGCCCGAGACGUUGCGUGGGCAGGCAGGUGUGACUGCAUACCUGCUUGUAUCGACUAAAUGUCUCUGUGUGUGUGUGUGUGUGUGUGUGUGUGUGUGUGUGCGAGCGCGUGUUCUUGCACACUUGCGUGUUGCUUCAGAACAAAUCCCACUAUUGUAUGUCGCCCCUCCCCGGGGUUAGAGGGCCCAUUCUGACGUGUUUAGCUGCUGGAUUAAUGUCUUAACGGGUUAAGUGACAUCCCCCACGUGGACGGAAAGGGUUAAAACUCAAUACUCUGCACAUGAAUCCAGUUGGUUGUGUCAUGACCACUGCGCUCACCUAUCUUUUGGUUUGCACCGUGGCAACAAAAGCAGGCUUUGUCCCCUCCCUCUGCUCCCAGCCCCACUCAGGCAUGUGACAGUAGCCACUUCUCUACAAGCGGCGCUAACCGGGGCCCAAGACCUUUUCUCAACAUGUCUGCACCACCCCUCCCCACAGCAAUAUUUGCUUGCUUAACCAUGAUGUCGCCGAGUAAUCCAAUAACAAGGUGCAAAUAAGAAAUGAUUGCGAAACGUCUGUCCAGGGGCUGGGGAGUGAACUAAGUUGGCUGGAGUGGAAACGAGGGUGUUGAUGGCUGCACACGAGUCAGCUGUGCUAUUCUCAACCCUGAAUGACACCUUUUUAUCACACAUUGUUUUUCAAGGUUAAGCAUGUUUGUUGUUUUAUUUUAUACCCUACGAUUUCUUCUGUAUCCAUAAGCCGCACAGUAAAAAUAAUCUCUUCUUUUUUUUUCCAUCUUUUUGUGUUGAAAUGGAAAACAGUGCAGCGUGGUGUUAAGUUCACACCAAACCCCUUGUGGGUUUGUAUUUGUCCACCACUGUUUAUCACCACUGUGGGUUUGUUACCCCCCCACCCCCCCCCGACUAUGAUUAGUGCUCGUGGUGGUUUUCUCGAGCUCUUUUCGCCGAAAAAAAGGACGCUUACAGGCCUCUCUGUUUCAAACUGUGAGCUAAAACUGAGGCUGGCAUUAUGUGUCGAUCCGCGUGAGACUGGGAAAACGUAUGUUACACUUGUACAGAUGUGUCCUCCUAUAUACCUCACAUUGUUUUCCUCGAGAGCAUGUGCAUUGUGAAGAGGAUCAUGGUUUAUGUGAGUCUCCUUGUCUCUCUGUCUCUCUUUGUGGCAUGUUCCUCAUGGACCUCUCUUGUCAAAGCCCUGAACAAGGCAAGUAUUUUUACCAGGCACCGUUGUAUGUCUUGAGAGUUUAUUUUCUGCCCUCCUGGCAGCUGACAUGGGCACUAAACUUUGUCAGCGUUCUAUCAUGAUCACACAAUAAAGCUUCUUGAAUGGUUUGUACUUUUUGACUCGGAGGCUGGAUAGAUGAGAAGGGUUAUCUAUUUUCUUGUUUCUUUUUAUGCAGCACAUUGCAGCAACCACUGUCUUUAUUUUCCUAUUGUAUCUACUGAGUAUGGUGUUGAUAUAAAUAUAUUAUAAUGAGACCUAUCUGUGUAUAUUUGUAAAUAUGUAAUUCUGAAUUGUAUGUAAAAUGAAAAGCAGCUUUAAUAAAGUCUGAGAUGGUUUCCUCUAA